UUGAACCACUAAACUUGAAGGCAUCGGUCUAAUGCAUAAGCUUUUCUGGAAACAGUUGUACUGGUUCGACUCGGUGAAGGACAACAUGACUUCAUCAAUAAAUAGCAAUAAUGUGAUGCAGGGAAGGCCAAGGAGAUUGAUAUUAUGGUGUCUCCCUCGCACUGGAUCAACUGUCUUAGCCAAAUGUCUUAGUUUCCUUGAUGAAGAUACCCAAGUAUGGUUUGAACCUUUCAACCUCUGUCGUAUGACCAGUAUUAAGGUCAAGAAAGACACUGGUCAAGACAUGCCUAAGGAGCCCAAUGAAGAACUCUUGGAGAAGAUACAGAAUGAAAGUUCAAAACAGAAAAAGAAUUCCCCACCGAUGAAAGUAGAUCCAAAGCUCCUCACAUAUGGAGGUGUGAGGAAUGCCCUUGAGGAUUCUGAAAGACGUACUGUCGUUGUCAAAGAGAUGGCUGUGGCAAGCUAUGAUUCUUACGAUUACAUUCCUAAGGGAUAUAGACAUAUCUUAGUGAUCAGGGAUCCAACAAGGGUGAUAUCGUCGUUUAGGAAAAUGGUCAUGAAAAAUAUAGUCGAUCUACCACCCGACGCCGACCUUGAGAAGGUUCACCCUACGUAUCCAACUCAUCACUGGUUUGGGGAGAUGCAUGCCUUAUGGAAGCACUUCACCAACGUAGGAAUAAACCCAUUGAUCAUUGAUACUGAAGACUUCUUGGCCAACCCAAAACCAUUCAUCAAGAAGAUAUGUGAGGUAAUGGAUGUUGAGUAUCGAGAUGGACUCCUAGAAUGGGAUGCAUCCACAGAUGUUAUCAAGUCCUGGAGAAAUGGCUGCCCCGAUGCACAUACUAACGAAAGAAUGUCACAGUCACAGACUUUUAAGCGAGCUUACGAGAGCUCAGGAUUUGCACAGACAGACCCUCAACCGCUUCCUCAAAAUCUAACCCAAGAUAUCGUCCGUAUAAUAGCUCAGUGUGUGGAUAGCUAUAAUGAAAUGUACCCACAUCGUUUUAUACCUGAAUAAAGUUAGGCUUGUUUCCUAAAAUUUGGUGUAUUAAUUAAGGAUGCUUUCUUUAAAAGUGACCUCGAUUUUGGCGUUUUUCUCAAAUCCCUUAUCCGAGGCUAUGGUGAUGAUAAUGAAAUCACGAUUAUUUUAACUUACGCCACGUACAGUAACAAAAUACGACUCCAUCUUCCCAAUUGUCCAUUCCUACACUGGCUGCCAAUUGACUGCUCUGGACACCCAGAAGAAAACAACGAUGGGGGGGGGGGGGGGGUCAUGCUUUCUCAGUCAUAGGAUCAAGCUAUGGAAUCAACUGACUAUAUCCAAUUACGUCAAAUUUCAUUUAAUAAAAUUCAAGUCCAAACAAAAAACUUAUUUUGUUCCUCUCCCAUUAAAAUUUGAUAGUGUGUUAUGUUCAGGAGAAUUCAAAGUUCUAUUCUCUUUCUUUUUCUACUUAAUUUCAAUUAUUGUCCAUGUAUAUUAGUGACAUAUGAGCGCCGAAAGGUAGACCUGGGCGCUAUACAGUGCGUCCCACAAAAAAAACGAAACCGAGAUUAAGCGAUGAUUUAUCAUAACUUAAUCACAAAUACAAUAGACAAUUCAUUGACCUACCAAUGUAAAGCUUAGAAUCUCCUCUUUCAUCUGAUAUUACUUAGAUUAUUCCCCAUUCACGCAUGAGUGAGCAAAAACAAUUUGAAGAAAGGAUACCAAAAACUCAUUUGGCGGGGGGUAUCUGAAUUUCAAAAAAAAAAUCACAUGCCUUAAAAGUUCAAUAUCUGCUCUUUUAUUUGAUACCUUAAUCACAAAAAAAUGGUCAAGAAGUAAAAAAGUUAUGAUCCUCGAAACAAUUCUUGUAUUUCCAUAAUUUCAUUAAACAAACAUGUUUUCACCGGUUUCCCACAGAAGCUACACUCUAAAUUACAGGGAUUUAAAAUAAGUCUAGAUGGAUUGUAGUUAGGGACCAAUCGAUUUCUGGAUUUUGUUUUAAUCCUAAAGACUUAAAUUUAAAUCUCAAAUGAUUUAAAUUUAAAUUAAAUUUAAAUCUUUCGAGAUUUAAAAAAGGAAUCUGAAGGAUUCAAUUAAAUCCGGAAUUCGAUUGGUCCCUAACUACAGUCCAUGUGGACUAAUUUUAAAUCCCUGUAAUUUAGAGUGUAUCGCAUGGUUAACAAAAUACUUAAUGCAUGGCUGAUCGUCAACAAAACGGAGUGUCAAGUGAGUUUGAACGCUAGCCUGUAGAACCUCUUAAUUUUAUGAAAUUAUUGAAAUUCAAGCCUUGUUUCAAAUAACCAGAACUUUGUUAUUUCUUGACCAUUUUCUGUAAUUGAGGUAUCAAAUUAAUGAGCAGAUAUUGAACUUUUUGAAAAUGUGGUUUUCUUUUUGAAACCCAGAUACAGCCCGCCAAAUUACUUUUUGGUAUCCCCUCUUGAAAUUGUUUUUGCUCACUCAUGCGUGAAUGAGAAAUAAUCUAAGUAAUUUCAGAUGAAAUAGGAUAUUCUAAGCUUUACAAUGGUAGGUAAUUUGUCUAUUGUAUUGGUGAUUAAGUUAUGAUAAAUCAUCGAUAAAUCUCGGUUUCGUUUUUUGUGGGGCGCACUGUAUAAGUAUCUAUUAUUACUCUUAAAAAGCUUACAGACUAAGAUGUAAUUUGUGCUGAAUUAAAGCUUAGUAUAGGGAUUAUACUAUUAUUAUUAUUGUAUGCCCGUAAGGGAUUAUAUUUUAUUCUGAAUUGCGUUUGUUGUUGUGUAUAUAGGACCUAUAUGCCAAUAAUUCUUAUAAACUAUCGAUCGAAUUAUAAAUUGAAUUGAAUUUGCAAAUGUAAAAAAGGGUCGGUGCUUGACGCCUACUCAUAUAGCCUUUAAGUGUGUGUUUUAUUUUAUUAAUUCUCUAUCAACCGUAGUGCUAUAAAUAUAUACCAACUCAACUAUUAUUAUAACCUGUUUCAUUUUUGCUAAUUUUCCAGUGAUAUGUUUUAUUUGUUCUUCUUUUUGUCUGUAUAUCUUUUUAUCAUAUUGUUUUAAUGAAAUGAAAACUAAAACUGAAUUGCAAAAAAAAAAAGAAUUUUACUGAAGUUAAAUAAAUCGAUUGUUUCCCUCUUGAAAAUCUACACACCAACACUUAUAUAUAUAUAUAUAUAUAUAUAUAUAUGUACAUUUACUUCGGGAAUUCUAUCCUUGUAUAUAGAGUGCUCGGUGUCCUUCACAGGAAGAGCUUUGAAUAAUAAACACAAGUUCACAAGGUUGACUGGAGGUUCAUCAAAUUUAAUUGCAACUCUGAGUUUCACGCAACCUACGUGAGGUACAUUUAUACCAAAAAAAAACCAUGUGUGUAUAUGUAUAUAUAAAUUAUGUUUUAAAUUGUCAUUUUAGCGACUAUUUUGUUCGCGCUACAUGAUUGAUUCCUAUUUCAUUAAAUGCACUAUUGUAAAUGAAAUUUUAUUAAAAUUGGAAGAAUAUUA